AUGAUGCACGCGCUGCCGUGGAGCUGCUGCGGGAGGGGGCUGCUGGAGCAGGGAGACCUGCAGCAGCAGCUGCAGCAGCAACUGCAGCAGCAGCACCUCCUCCUCCGCCAGCAACAGCAGCAGCAGCAGCAAGGCGAGCGCGGCGAGCAGCAGCAGGACGGCCUCCUCAGCAGCCAAGCAGACGCAGCAGCAACUGCUGCCGACGACGACGCCUUCUUCGCCAACCCAGGACCCCACACACCACCUGCAGCAGCAACAGCAGCAACAGCUGCAACUGCUGCUGCUGCUGCUGCUGUUCCCCCGCAGCAGCAGAGAGUGCUGCUGCCGGAGUUCAACGACAACCUGUGGCCCAAGGGCGCAGCGCAGAGCUUUCUGCUCAGCAGCAACGGGCAACAGCAGCAGCAGCAGCAGCAGCAGGAAGCGUCUUUCAGUCAGGAGCUGAAGGAGCUCAGCGUGCUGCUGCAGCAAGACACGCAGCAGCAGCAGCAGCUGCUGCUGCUGCUGCAGCAGCUCGAAGCCGAACAGACCAACACACACCCCCGCGGCCGCGUCUUCUUCUCCGCAGAGCUCCCGGGAGAGCCCUUCGACGAAGCUGAGGCGCCCCUGCACAGGAACCCCAGCAGCAGCAGCAGCAGCAGCAGCAGCAGCAGCAGCAGCAGCGGGGGAGACAACAGCCACGGCGGCCCGGCGCAGCAGCAGCGGCGCAGCCGCAGCAAACUCAAAGCUGCUGCUGCUGCUGCUGCUGCUGCUGCUGUGACCGACCACUUGAGCGGCGCUGCUGCCGCCGCCACCACCCUUGGGGUGUCCGUACACCCCACGGCCUUCGGGGACUCCCUGGGCUCCUUCGAGGCCGCCGCCGCCGCCCCCCCAACAGCAGCAGCAGCUGCUGCUGCUGCUGCAGCUGCAGCAGCAGCUGGACCCCCACCAGCAGCAGCAGCAGCAGCAGCAGCAGCAGCAAGCGAGGGCUCGGCGGAACUGCCCGUGAGCCUGCAUGCAUUGACCACCAACUACACUAUUGCUGCGCAGUACCUGCAGGUGCUGCAGCUGCUGGCAGUGCAGCGCCAAAUAAUGGAGCUGACGGAGAGUCUGAAAACAACUGACCUCCAACCAACAGCAGCAGCAGCAGCAGCAACGGGAGCAGCAGCAGCAGCAGCAGCAGCAGGAGGGAAGGCGCCGGGGGCCGAGCCCGGGGGCCUCGCGGGGUCUGCAGCAGCAGCAGCAGCAGCAGCAGCUUUGUCCGGCUGCUUCGGGGGCAAAAUGGAAGCGCAGUCGCUUUUGAAUCAGCAGCUGAUUUUGCGGCUAGCAGCAGAAGCAGGUUUAUCCAGUGCUUUCCCAACAGGAAGCCCCUGCAGCAGCGGAGCUGCUGCUGCUGCUGCUGCUGCUGCUGCUUCUUCUGUGUCGCUGCUGGGCGAGCUCGAGCGAAAGGUCUCGGCGCUGGAGUGCGUCGUAGUGGGGAGCCGUCCGGCGGGCCGGCUGCAGCAGCAAACAGCAGCAGCAGCUGCUGCUGCUGCUGCUGCUGCUGCAGGCAGCAGCAGCAGCGCCGCCGCCGCGCACGCGUCGGUGGCCGCCGCCAAGCGCAAGGCUGAACUCAGCAGCAGCAGCAGCAGCAGCAGCAGCAGCAGCAGCAGCAAGCAGCUGGCGCUGAGCUGCUCGACCCCCGAAAGCCCCGUCGAUGACUUCGACUCUGCUGCUGCUUCUUCCUGCUGCUCCGCUUCUUCUUCUUCUUCUGCAUGCAACACUCCAGACUCUCUCGGCGGCGAGCGGCUGCUGCUGCUGUCUUCGCUGUGGCAGCCGCUGCCCCCGGCGGAGGGCCUCGUGGAGAAGCUGAAGGAGUAG